CAACGGGUCUAAAAUAAUUUUUCUUUUAAGUUUGAAGUUUCAUCUGCUUUGCCUCGUAACCCUAAUUCAGAGUCCUCUGUUACUGAAACACUUCCAUCCCAAACCAAUGUCUGUUUCUCUUUUCGGAUUUCCUAAUUCAUAAUGAGUAGUAGAAAGAGAACGGGGAUGCGGGAAGGUUACGAGUUUAUGCCAAUACGAGAUGUUGGUAGAUCUGUUGGCCAGAAAGCCAAGUUGAUUGGGGUUAUUCUUGACUUCGGCUUUCCAAAGAAAUCCAAGGGCACUGAUUUUUGUUGUUGCCUAAGAAUAAUUGAUGAAACACAUCACCAAAUCUCCAUGGCUAUUAACAUGUUUGAGGAAAAUGUAGAAAGACUUCCCCGUCUUGCUGCUGUCGGGGAUGUAGUUGUGCUUUGUUGUGUUGAGGUAAAAUCAUUUAAAGGGGAAGUAAAUGUUACUUUCAACAAGAGAUUUUCCUCUUUUGGUUUAUAUAAAGGCAAAGAUGGUGAUGAUUUGGAUCCUUAUCACGUUUCUUCUUAUUUUCACCACGUACGUGAAGACGAGAGCUUAAUAGUUAAGCUUAGAAAAUGGCUGAUGAAUUUUCAGCCUCACGAAGAUUCGAGUAAUUUCCCCAUGUUAAGAGAAAUCAAGGAAGAAACUUCUGUUAAUUUGGCAUGCAAGAUCCUUCAUUUUUGCGAGACUGCUAAAGAUGAGUGGAUUAUAUUUUCUUGGGAUGGUACUAACACUCCUUCAAAUGUCAUAUGUUCAAAGCUUGAAGAGGAAAUUAACUGUCCACUUCCUUUACAACUAGAACCCUUGCCUUUGUCAAGAGAGGUUCUAUGUACUUUGCCUGUUGCUGGAUCCAUCUUGAGGAUAAUGUUUGAUAAAGUCGUUGUGAAAAAUCAUCUGCACCUUUUAAAUGUUGAUAAAUGGGUCAAAUUUAUGAAUAUUCAUCUUAAGGUGGUUGAUGGACUAUGGCUUGGUGUUUUUUCCCCUCAAUCAAGACUUCGAUAUACACCAAAUGAGGACAGUCUGAUUGUAGAACGUCAAAGGUUGUCUGAUGAGCAGUUAUUUCCUAAGCCUUUAUUUAUUACAGAAGAAGUUAAUCAAGAUCAUGCGACUCCUGUUACUUUAAUGACUGUCCUCACUCAUUCAAAGGUGACCGCUAAAUUCAAGUGUGUUGUUCGAGUGGUAGCAGCAAUGCCAUACCUAGCUAAAAAUCUGUUGUCUAGUAUUGGGAAAUAUAGAAUGCAGCUAACAUUAGAGGAUUCAACGGCUAGAGUUCAUGCUUUUGUUACUGGCAAGGAUGGGGAGACCCUUUUUGAUGGUUACCCAAGCAUUGAUGAGUUGACAAGGAAGCUAAAUAGAUUACUUGGAGUAACUGGGAUAAAGGAUGCUCCAAGAGAUCCACCAUGGGUUAGUGUUUGUCUCAAGUCAUAUUAUGUCUCCAAAACUGAUGUAUGGGGCAGUAGAAACUUCAAAAUAUUUGGCAUCAAAAUAGUAGGCGAUACGUGACAUCCUUUUAAAGGCAAUACGUGGUAGGAUGUGUUUAUAGGUAUUCUAGGAAAUGCAACUAUAUUUUGUCGAGAAAGAUAUAAUAUGUUAAUGUACAUAGAUAUCCUGGAAACUCAUUUUUUGUUAUCUUCGAGGGCUCUCAUGCUGUAUCUUGAAUGUAAAUGUGUAGAUGAACAAAUUACAUUAUAUAUGUAUAUUUUGGUGAGAAAUGUGCUCAUGGACGUAUGUAAGUAUUUAAUAUGAUUAUUUUUAGGAUUAUUCA